GCCCCCUCCAUGCAGAGUUGCCUCGCGGCUUUGAUCGAUAGGAAGUCUCCCAGGUUUGACCACAUGACGGGAUCCACUGACUACGGGCUAGACACUUCCAACCGAAAUAUUGUCCCUGCCGAGUCUGUUCCGAUUGUAUCGCCUUCUUGAAAGCAUACUAUAAGAACCUCUGGACCUAUUUCAGCUUUUAACUGAACUUUUCACUCGAUCGCCUAUCAAAAUUUACCAAAAUACUCUACGCAAUCUUUGCUGUCGCUGUCGCUGUCGCCGUUGUCCUGCUUGGAAUGCUCGACAACCGCAUGAUCAUCAUGAAAAUUACUAGCAUAUUCCGAAUCGGUCUCAAUUCUCCUCCAGAUACGCCACAGGCGCGUCAGGCUCGACCUGCUACCCAAUACCACUCAGCGCCAUCGAACCUGAAGUUGUCUUCACCUGAUGUGCAAAACGACGGAGAAUCAGAAGCUUACUACCCCCCGCUCACCGCUCCGCCGGAACCUGUGGGGUCAUCAGUAGCACCCUUUCAAAGAAGGGAAUGCAUUUUAUUUUACAACAAACAUGAACCUUACUACGAAUUCACUAAUUUCUCGCCACACGACGUUGUCUACGCUGGGAAGAGAUAUCCAACUAGCGAGCAUCUCUUCCAAUCUUUCAAAUUUUUGGACUCCCAGCCAGCCAUCGCGGAGCACAUCCGCAAGUGUGGAGACAGGCCAAGUACUGUGUUCGACGAAGCCCAUCGUCACCAGAAAUGGGUUCGAUCUGACUGGAGACAAGUAAAUGUUGAGAAGAUGGAAGUCACACUUCGGCUCAAGUUCACUCAGCAUACAGAUCUAAAGGCCUUACUUCUUGGCACUGGUGAUGCUGAGUUAGUCGAGAACUCCCCAAGGGACUUCUUUUGGGGGAUAGGUGCUGAUGGCUCUGGACGCAACGAGCUGGGAAAAGCACUUGUGAGAGUGCGCGAUGAGCUUCGACAUGAUGACAAACCAAACAGGGUGCCUCCUGUCAAGCGCGACACGUCCCGAUUUUCGUUGCAAGACCUGACGUCGCUGGUUGUGGCGGCAGCUUCGGCCAAUCCUCCAAUCCAAGCGUCGCAACGCCGCUCCUUUGUUUCUGCGGGCAUGGGAAUUCGCCCGCCCUCAACAGUACUACCUCAGCCUCCAUUCCAGGCGCCACAGCGUCUCUCUAUUGUCCCCACAGGCAUGGCAGUCAGCCCGCAGUCGGCAUCUUAUGACGCCGGGCUAUGCGAGUUUUGCCAGCAGAAACCUAAAUAUCAACACCAUCCUUACUGUGGUAGGACAUGCGCCACACAAGCAGCGACCACGUGUAACCAUUGUCGCAGCAAACCAAAGUACGGCAAGCAUCCUUACUGUUCAAAGACUUGCGCUGUGCAAGCUGGAAAGGCAACCUAGGUUUGAAAAAAUCUUCCCAUUUGGAUAAUUCGUACUGUAAGAUUAUACUGAGUCGUGUGCGAGUCCAUAUUUGCUAUAUAUUACCGUUUUACCAUGUCUGCAUCCACCCAAUUACCGUUGGCCCUUUCACUAAACUAGGCAUGGAUACCCUCAGGGUCAAUUUGAGCAUCAGCGACUAACCACCACCCUCGGCAGAUGUUGCUCUCUUUCUGCUUCGCCAAAUUCAUUUCAAUUCAAUAAGGUGUUUAGUAAUUUCGGAAUACAGC